UCUGCGAUUAGAGCUCUUGGGAUUUUGCAAGCUGCAGUGCUUUUUGUUUUGCACAGAAAUUCAACUAAAUUAAUUAAAUAAUUAUUUAACAAAAUGUUCAAGCAAGUGACCAAACAAUUGGCGCUGCAAGGCGUGCGCAAUUUCUCGUGCAGCAAGCAGAACAACUACAAGGUAACUGUUUGCGGAGCCGCUGGCGGCAUUGGCCAGCCCCUGUCGCUGCUGCUUAAGCAAAAUCCCUUGGUCAGUGAUCUGGCCUUGUACGAUAUCGUCCAUACGCCCGGUGUUGCGGCCGAUCUCUCCCACAUUGAUACCCAGAGCAAGACCGCUGGCUUCAUUGGAGCCGAACAAUUGGGUGACUCUCUGAAGGGCUCCGAUGUUGUCGUUAUCCCCGCUGGUGUGCCACGCAAGCCGGGCAUGACCCGCGAUGAUCUGUUCAAUGUCAAUGCUGGCAUCAUCAGGGACAUUUCCAACUCCAUUGCCAAGAACUGCCCCAAGGCUCUGGUGGCCAUCAUUACAAAUCCCGUCAACACCUGUGUACCAAUUGCUGCCGAGAUUCUGAAAAAGGCCGGCGUCUACGAUCCCAAGCGCCUGUUUGGUGUCUCCACUCUGGAUGUUGUGCGCGCUCGCGCCUUCAUUGGCCACGCCCUUGGCGUUGAUCCCCAGCAGGUUCAAAUUCCCGUCAUCGGUGGCCAUUCCGGUGUCACCAUUCUGCCUGUGCUUUCCCAGAGCCAGCCUCAGUUCAAGGGCAAUCAGGAUGCCAUUGAAAAGUUGACUGUGCGAAUUCAGGAGGCCGGUACUGAGGUGGUUAAGGCUAAGGCUGGCGCCGGUUCCGCGACCCUCUCGAUGGCAUAUGCCGGUGCUCGCUUCGCUGGCUCCCUGCUCAAGGGUCUGAAUGGUGAGAAGAACGUCAUCGAGUGCUCCUAUGUCCAGUCCAACAUCACCGAGGCGACAUUCUUCUCGACACCCCUCGUCCUGGGCAAGAACGGUCUGCAGGAGAACUUGGGACUGCCCAAGUUGAAUGACUAUGAGAAGAAACUAUUGGAGGCCGCCAUUCCCGAGCUGAAGAAGAACAUUCAGAAGGGCAUUGAUUUUGCCAAUGCCUAAGGCGACAAACAGAUCUACAAAUACUAGCCAACAACAACAUUACAACAAUUUGUACUUCAUUAGCACCCCUUCUCUGUACUCCAACUUAGUUACAUUUUCGCUCCGCUGAGGUUGUUUUUAUUUUCUAUAACCUAACCGUACUUGCAUAAUGCAUAAUUCUUUGAUUUAAGUUGAAAGCGUGUACAAUAAUCGUGUAUCCAAAGAUUAAACAAUAUCUACACAUAUAUGUAGAACACAAUUCUCACAUGCGAAGCCACCAGUUGAUACUUAAAAUUAAAAUAAAUUACCAACUUA